UAUGUCUAAGGACAUCUUAUAAAGAUGUACUUAACUUUCAGCAUAUAAAAACACCAAUUUAAUACCCAUUUUAAAGAGUUCAAAAUAACAUUUUACUUAUAGGAUAUGAGAUAUACUUACAUGUAUAUGUAUUACAUAUGCUACAUGUAUAUAUACAUGUAUAUGUACUAUAUACUAUAUGCAGUACCAUAUUUUACUUGCAAUAUGUAAUACACCAUUUCUAAUGUUUCUGCCAGAAAAAGUAAAUUCCUUGCCGCCUUCUAUCUCAUCAUUGUAGUCUGCUUAACUUCUCUCACUGCUUGCCAGCAUCGAAUUACGAGAACUAAUGGGGAUGCCAUUGAUGAGAUUGCGUAUUUCAUACUAUUCGUUAUUAAACCUUAGAGGCCUCUUCAUGUUCCUUGCUCUAAUCCUCAAAGAGGGCAGGUGUGGAGGGUGCAGCGUUCCAGAGUAGACUUCCUCAUGACCGGAUGACUUCUCAAGAAGCAGCUUGUUUUCCAGAUAUCAUCAGUGGACCACAGCAGACCCAGAAGGUCUUUCUAUUUAUUAGAAACCGCACAUUGCAGUUGUGGUUGGAUAAUCCAAAGAUUCAGCUGACUUUUGAGGCUACUCUACAACAAUUAGAAGCACCUUACAACAGUGAUACUGUGCUUGUCCACCGAGUUCACAGCUAUUUAGAGCGUCACGGUCUUAUCAACUUCGGCAUCUAUAAGAGGAUAAAGCCCCUCCCAACUAAAAAGACAGGAAAGGUAAUUAUUAUAGGCUCUGGAGUCUCAGGCUUGGCAGCAGCUCGUCAAUUACAAAGUUUUGGAAUGGAUGUCACACUUCUGGAAGCUAGGGAUCGUGUAGGUGGACGAGUUGCCACAUUUCGCAAAGGAAACUAUGUAGCUGAUCUUGGAGCCAUGGUAGUAACGGGGCUUGGAGGGAAUCCCAUGGCUGUGGUCAGCAAACAAGUAAAUAUGGAACUGGCCAAGAUCAAGCAAAAAUGCCCACUUUAUGAAGCCAAUGGACAAGCUGUUCCUAAAGAGAAAGAUGAAAUGGUAGAACAAGAGUUUAACCGGUUGCUAGAAGCUACAUCUUACCUUAGUCAUCAGCUAGACUUCAAUGUCCUCAAUAAUAAGCCCGUGUCCCUUGGCCAGGCAUUGGAAGUUGUUAUUCAGUUACAAGAAAAGCAUGUUAAAGAUGAGCAGAUUGAACAUUGGAAGAAGAUAGUGAAAACUCAGGAGGAAUUGAAAGAGCUUCUUAAUAAGAUGGUAAAUUUGAAAGAGAAAAUUAAAGAGCUCCAUCAGCAAUACAAAGAAGCAUCUGAAGUCAAGCCACCCAGAGAUAUCACGGCUGAGUUCUUGGUGAAGAGCAAACACAGGGAUCUGACUGCCCUGUGCAAGGAAUAUGAUGAGUUAGCUGAAACACAAGGAAAACUAGAAGAAAAACUUCAAGAAUUGGAAGCCAAUCCCCCAAGUGAUGUAUACCUCUCGUCAAGAGACAGACAGAUACUUGAUUGGCAUUUUGCAAAUCUUGAAUUUGCUAAUGCCACACCUCUUUCUACACUCUCCCUUAAACAUUGGGAUCAGGAUGAUGACUUUGAGUUUACUGGCAGCCACCUCACAGUGAGGAAUGGCUACUCAUGUGUGCCUGUGGCGUUAGCAGAAGGCCUAGAUAUUAAAUUGAAUACAGCAGUUCGGCAGGUUCGCUACACAGCUUCAGGAUGUGAAGUGAUAGCUGUGAAUACCCGCUCCACCAGCCAGACCUUUAUUUAUAAAUGUGAUGCGGUUCUCUGUACCCUCCCCUUGGGUGUGUUGAAGCAGCAGCCACCAGCUGUCCAGUUUGUGCCGCCUCUUCCCGAGUGGAAAACAUCUGCAGUUCAAAGGAUGGGAUUUGGCAAUCUUAACAAGGUGGUGUUGUGUUUUGACCGGGUGUUCUGGGAUCCAAGUGUCAAUUUGUUCGGGCAUGUCGGCAGUACGACUGCUAGCAGGGGUGAGCUCUUCCUCUUCUGGAACCUCUACAAAGCUCCAAUACUAUUGGCACUAGUGGCAGGAGAAGCUGCUGGCAUCAUGGAAAACAUAAGUGAUGAUGUGAUCGUUGGCCGAUGCCUGGCCAUUCUCAAAGGGAUUUUUGGUAGCAGUGCAGUGCCCCAGCCCAAGGAAACGGUGGUGUCUCGCUGGCGUGCUGAUCCCUGGGCCCGGGGCUCCUAUUCCUAUGUGGCUGCAGGCUCAUCUGGGAAUGACUAUGAUUUAAUGGCUCAGCCAAUCACUCCUGGCCCCUCAAUUCCAGGUGCCCCACAGCCAAUUCCACGACUCUUCUUUGCUGGAGAACACACAAUCCGUAACUACCCAGCCACCGUCCAUGGUGCUCUGCUGAGUGGCCUUCGAGAAGCAGGAAGGAUUGCAGACCAAUUCUUGGGAGCCAUGUACACCCUGCCUCGCCAGGCCACACCAGGUGUCCCUGCACAGCAGUCCCCAAGCAUUUGAAACAAAUGUACCCUAAGGGAAGAGGCGGACGUGUGUGUCUUUUGCUGUGUAAGCAAAGUUCUUCUAGCAAUAGAUUCCUGAGAAACCGGCCCUGGCUUUUGGGCUUCCCGUCAGUUGCCGAAGUUCAGGAUGGCCAGGUGGCCCAGGAGGUGGUCUCCUUUGAGUGACUUGGAGCCAGGGAUGAAGGCACUUGUCCAUUUAGUGUGGAAGUGUGUGUUCUUCAAGACGGAGGCAAGCAAGUGCUAUGAGAGAACAUGUUAGUCUCUUGGUGUGGUAGUUUUUUUUAUAUUUUG